AUGAGUGUAAAUGAAAAACGAAAUAUACUGAGAGUACAAGGUCGAUGUUAUGUUUGUAUGGCUCAAGGCCAUCGAUUUUCUGAUUGUUCUGAGAAAAACUCUUGUGUAUACUGCCACAGAAAACAUAAUGCAACCCUUUGUUACAAAAAUGAGAAAAACGCCGAAGCAUCGCACACAAAAGGUGUAGAAAAUUCAGCUUGCAGUCAUAUUAGCAUCGGUAGGAAUAAAAUAUUUUUACAGACGGCGACAAUAGAACUUAAAAGUAGGUCACGUAAUAAAUUAGUUCGUUGUUUAUUUGACAGCGCUAGUCAACGCUCGUAUAUUCAGAAACGUCUGUCUAAACAAUUGGAAUUAAAAGUCGUGAGAAGGAAAGAAAUAAUGAUUCAUACUUUCGGAUCUCAAGUACCUACCAAACAGAACUGUGUGCGAGUAGAAGUAAAAAUAAAAAACAUUUUCGAUAACCAGGAAUUAAUUAUUCAGGUUUUAGAGACUGAUGAAAUAUCGAGUGCUGAGCUAGACUAUCCUCCGGAAAAUAUUAGGGAGUUGUUAAAAGAUAGGGGAAUAAUUUUAGCAGAUGUUGAUCACAAAUCUUUAGAUAACAACAACGUAUCCUUACUCAUUGGAGCUGAUGAUUAUUGGAAAUUAGUAAAAGACAAAAUUGAAUGUUUGAACUCAACAUUAGUUACAAUGGAAACUAAAAUGGGUUGGAUUUUAAUGGGAAAAUUAUCUGAUCAUAUCGACGAUAAGGAAAAUGUGACUAAUGCCGUCGCAGUGACUUCUUUAUUAAUUCACACAUCGAAGAUUGAAAAUUUGUGGAAAUUAGAUUUAUUGGGUAUUCGAGACCCUGUUGAAACAAAAUGUAGAAAGGAAAGGAAAUUGCCGCAUUGA